AUGGCAAUAGUGGACAACUGCUGCCAUUCUCGCUCUGCAAUUCUCAAGCCAUUUCCAAGUAUUCACGUCGGCCUUGAUGUGUGGCACUUUCUAAUGAGAUAUCUCAUUUGCAUCAUCGAUGGGACCAAAAAUCCUCUGCGGGCGGGAGUCGCCAGAGACAUUGUUGAUGCGAUCCUGAAGAUGACAGCAGACAAACACAGUCCAGCCACAUACUGGGAUCGGCACGAGCAAGAACGACGGAUGGAGGCCGUAUACGAGAAGUGGGCCAAGCAUGAGGGCAUGUGGACGGCAGCCGCCGCAAAGGUUCAUUUGGACCAGCUUACCCAUGUGCGCAAAGGAUGCCUCACGCGUCCACGUCAGGAUGUGCGAGCAGAUGGUAGCCACAUUGAGGGGUCCCACAAAGGGUGGAACAGCCUGCAGCGGAACCACGCCAGCAGGAUCAUCGUACUGCACACGUUGUGCCAUGACUUUGUGUUGCGGCAGAAUAUCCGAGUCACCUACAGGAACGAUCAGCGAACGACGGGCGAUUUUCUUCAAAUAACAUUCAGCUCUCAUCACGUUCGACUGGUGGACACCGUCGCGAAGUUUUGGAAUGCACUACUUACUGGCGAUGACAUUGGGGCCCUUCCCGCAGGUCUUCACAAGGCUCCCGAGCUUGAGGUGGUCUCCAGCGGCGAGACUUUUGGUCUUGUGAAUGCAAAGAGCGCUAUGGACUAUCACAACCUGCUCGAGAUCAAAGAGGAACCCGAUGAACUGAUCGAUCUGUCCUUGCAGGAUGAAUUGACUGCUGAGUCUAUUUUGCGGGAGCUUGACAUCAACCCCGCCCUCCUCCAGGAACCUGCAGCACAUGGCAAACGGCCCACCAGUGCACUGAGCAUCCCCUCGGCGAGUGGUGCACCUCGGGAACUUCCGACUACCGUCGAUCUGACGGACGAUGCAGCCGGUUCAAGUUCUCUACAGCUGGUCCGAACGGACGUGGCAUUCACUACAUUGCUGGAGUCUUCGAGCCCAUGGGUGAUGACUGCUUCCUCCGGUCAGACGGCCAUCGAAUUUUCUUCACUGCAUCGCGCCGUCAAAAUUUCUCUGUCGCGAUGGGCCAGUGACUUGGCGGCGACUGACUGUGAUGCAGUCAACCCACAGGUUAUACUUUUGGAGGGCACACCUUCAGAGACAGCGACUGUCAAUAGUGUCGAGACCUCCCAGAAAGCGGAGCAAAAGCAGCGUGAGGUCGACUGUUUACCCAUACGUAUCGGCCCCUCAAACUCCAGUCUGUUCAAGCGGAAAGCAGAUGCCGAGCUGUCUCACCCCACGGCGGCUGUGGCUCAAUCCAAUACAGCGGAAGUCCUGCCUGACAGUGCGGCAGCCAGCAAGAGGUUGAAGCUGAGUGCAGAAGGGUGGAAUUCCUCAUAUGUGUCCUCAAAGUCAGCAUUACAUUGUUCCAGUGCAGGUGCAGGUCCGAGUCGGCCGAAGGCCAUAUCCUCCAGUAUGAGCGACUUUUUCGCAGUCCGCACUCCAAGGGCGACCUCCAGCAUGCUGUCUGGAAAACGCUGUCUUCCCACUGGUGCGUCUGAGGCUGUGCUGAAGACUCAGUCCGCUCUCGCGCUCACGCUCGCACUUCCGGCGCUCAACAUCUCAGGUCUGACGGCAUCACAGCGCGUCUUCUCAAUCUCGACCGGUAUCCACAUCUUAUCACUUACAAUUUUGACUGACAACGAGUUCUACCUAUUCAUGAACCUGCGGAGUGAGUUCCAGUGGGUUUCCUACAACAUGACGCCGCAGAAAUGGGUCGUUGCCGCCAAUGACUACAACGUCCGGCUUGAGGCACUCAAUGGAGCGAAGGGGAAGAACACGAUCCGCAAGACUCCACGCGCUCUGAUGGAGAAGUUGGGCGAAAUUGAACCCAAGAUACUCACCUGCCUGUCGUCAGGAAAAUUCACUUGUGCAUAA